AUGGAAUUCACGACCAGUCUCCCGCUCCUUUGCGCGCUCGGCGCGCGUAUCCUCCUGAAAUCAGUAUUUCCCAAUGCCAACGAACCUCUAUCCACACAGGACUUCCUCCUCAAUGGACUUUUCCAGGGGGUUCUCCUACACGCCGCUCUCAAUCAUAUUUUUCUGCUGGUGAUCCCUGUCGGAGUCGGUAUCACCGCGAAGCUGCUUCUCGACUACUCUCGCACUUAUGACACUACACAGUGCGUCUGUACCCUCCUUGGUGUGGCGCUGGGUGUUGCUGUGACAGAUCUGCUCGCUCGUGUAUUCGAGGACGGAUCACUACCCAAAGAACGCGAACGUACGACUCUCGCCACACCAAUCCGAGAAACACACGAGUCGAAACGACUCCGGCUUGUCUCGUUCGGUCGCAGCCACGGACACAAACGACGUGACACGGAUGACCGCGAUCGUGCCAGAGAUCGAGAACGCGACUCGCGCCGGCUAGAAGUACGUCCCAUUACACCCGCACUCACCUACGCCAGCACCGCUCCUUCCAUCUCGCUCGACUCCGUCCCCUCAUCAAUCGAUCCGGAGGGCAGGAUGACGCCACAGGAGCGUGCAGUGGCUAUCCUCCGGGCACGCGCCAGCCUUGCGGAUUCUGAGCGCCGACGAUUUAAGGAGGAACGGAAGUGGGCCCAAAGCCAGGGCAACUACGCGCGUGCCAGCCAGCUCGCCUGGCAGGUGCGGCGGUUCACCGCGCUCAUGGAGAGCUUCCACCGCGAGGCGGACGCAAAGGUCGUCGAAGGUGCGCUGAUUCCGCCUGCGGCCAAUGAAAGUGCAAGACUGACAUGCUGGUUCCGGCCGGGGCAAAAAAGCUGCCCGUGCUUCAGACAACUCGCAGCCCUCGCCAACUGCCCAGCGCGCGCGCCGAAGCUCACAUCGACGCUACUCUGA